AUGAGGGAAGAAAAGCGAUCGUGUGAUUCAUCAUCGAUUGCCAGCUUCUUCCUGCCCAAUGGCGUGCACCUGAAUAGGACCAUCACAUCCUCAAGCUUGGUUUCGACUGGUACGGGAACGAAACCUCGCCCUGGUAUUAAGAACUAUGGUGAAAGUGUCCUUCUGAAUCGUUCAAUUAUUAGUAUUUCUCAGGAAGCACCCUCGUCCAGUGCGACUGCCAAUCAUUGCUCAUUGUACUGGUGCAUCAACACAUAUUCCACCAGCGUGAAAGACAACAAAGUGAAAGAGACCCUGCUGGAUACCUACCAUGAUGCAGGGGCUCGGUACUAUCUAGGGCACCUUGACCUACUCCUACCAGCCAAGGGAAACUCAUCAGCAUCCAUCUUCACUGUCGAGGAUGACGCCUCCAAGCCUCUCACCCAAUGGCUUGUUGAUAAACUUCAGUUCAACAAUACCCCUCCAGUUUGGUGUAGUCCGCGUGGCACAAGCAUGUUGGAAAAAUCAAAAGAAACCGAGUUCGUCCAAGUUCUGUUAAAUGCCUCCAUUCCUGAUUCCUUCAGCAAGAUUGCGGCAGGGAUCACAAAACAUGUGCGAAGCGAAACAAGCAAAUUCCAGGAAUCAGCGAUUGGAAGUUCCGGAAUAGAAUGGAACUACUCACCUCUCGAACCUGCGCGUGGGACAUCUUGGACCGUGCAGACCCAGCUCCACGUCCGCUGGGCGUGGAUAACACUUCCUGUCGUGUUAGCAAUCUUGACCAUGAUCUUCCUCCUCAUGACUGCAUUGCAAAGCAGGAAAAGGGGUCUGGAUGUCUGGAAGUCGUCGACUAUCCCGCUUCUUUAUUCAGGGUUGAACCCAGGCAUUCAGCGAGAACUACGGGCGGUUGUUGAUCCGAUGCAGACGGAAGGUCUUGCAUGUCGAGUACGCGUGUGGCUUCUCAAGCCUGAGAAUACCAGUGAGACAUGGCGACUUGAUGCAAUGGACAGCAUGAAGCGUUCGAAUGAUGUUUGGCAUGAAAUAUCAACAUCUACUUAG